UAUCCCAGCCAGCGUCGCCAGACUAGCGUCGAUCUGUACUGUUUAACGUGCAGUGCUCCAUUAUCUAUCCAAAAGUUCAUCGUUAAAUACAUUCGUUGACAUUAACCGGGGAUUCUCGUUUUGAAGUUUUCAACGAUAGUGUCGAGACCGGAAGUUGACGGCUCUUUCACGCAACAGAAGUCACUCUUGCGUAAGUAGUUACUUGGCAUACUUUUAGCUCUCGAUUCUCAAACCACAAGCAAUCUGUUGACAAGAGAGAGGAGGGACAACAUGGACCCGUUGCUAGUUCGUUCCACGGUUAAUUUUUCAAGAUCUUGAAAGCACUUCAUUGUGAGUUGGCGCUUCAACAAAUUUGAGAUUUGCCGUUCCGUGUGAUUUGGCACACGGCGCUCUGGUUGUUUAAGCGGAACAAUGCUUCUCGAAUGAAAUGACUGUCCGUAGAAAUGAUUUAUUCAACCAGGAGACGAUAUGUGGUCGUGACAAUUUUCUUCACUUCAGCGUUUUGGCUGACAAUAGAGUUAAUACUGUUGAGUUAUACGAACCGUUUAAACGUUGAAUUCUCACAAGCGAAGAAUCAACUUCCUCAGGCAUGGAAGCCUGUGGUCGCGUCGGAAACCUCAUACGAAUUGUCGAUCGAAGACUUCAGGUCUUUUUACGUGACGAGGAUUCCCCCGAUUCCCGCUGGACCGGGAGAACAAGGGAUAGCAGUCUAUAACAGCAAAGACGAUCCCGCUGAAGUGAGCAAGGAAAAGGAAGGCUACAAAAAAUACAGUUUCAACGAAUUGGCAAGCGCUAAGAUUUCAUUGGAGAGAGCUAUCCCCGAUAAUCGACCGCGAGAGUGUCUAAGUAUCAAGUACCCAACAAAGCUUCCUAGCGCCAGUGUUGUCAUAAUUUUUCACAACGAAGCGUGGUCGACCCUUUUACGAACAGUGCACACAGUGUUAGCCCGGUCGCCGCCGGAGUAUUUGAAGGAAAUAAUUUUGGUUGAUGAUCAUAGCAAUUACGAUGGAUACGCUCAUCUCGACAAAGAGCUAGAAUCUUACAUCGAACAGCUACCCAAAGUUCAUCUCGUCAGAGCAAAGACUCGUCAAGGACUGAUUCGCGCGCGACUUAUUGGCGCUAAACAAGCGAAAGGAGAAGUGCUCGUCUUCUUGGAUUCUCAUUGCGAGACUAACUACGGUUGGUUAGAACCGCUGCUGGCAAGGAUCGCACAUGACAGGACAAUUGUUGUGACCCCGGACAUUGAAGUUGUUGAUUUAAGAACGUUUUCUUACGCCAAGGGUAAAGGAGGCUAUAAUAGAGGGAUUUUUAAUUGGGAAUUGACGUUUAAGUGGAGAGCGUUGCCGGAUUAUGAGAAGCAGCGGCGAAAAAGCGAUGCCGAUCCCAUCAGGUCUCCCACAAUGGCCGGCGGGUUAUUUGCAAUCGACAGAAGUUAUUUUUAUGAAAUUGGUUCUUAUGACACUGAAAUGUCUUACUGGGGAGGCGAAAACGUGGAAAUGUCAUUCCGGAUAUGGAUGUGCGGGGGGUCCCUUGAAAUCCUGCCUUGUUCCAAGGUCGGUCACGUGUUCAGAGAGAGCCAGCCGUACAAGAUUGGUGAAGGAGCUAUUGACAAGAAUAACAUGAGAUUAGCGGAAGUCUGGAUGGAUGAAUAUAAAGACAUUUACUAUGCCAUGAGGCCACAGCUGAAAGGAAAGUCUUUUGGAGACGUAUCGGAAAGAAAGGCUCUCAGAAAUAAACUGAACUGUAAAAGUUUCAAAUGGUAUCUGACGAAUAUCAUUCCUGAAUUGGAUGUCCCGGAUAUGUAUCCUUACGGACGAGGGGAGGUUCGCAAUCUUGGAACCAACCAGUGCUUAGACACUAUGGCAAAAAAUGAACCCGGCGGAGAGCCCGGCAUGUACAUGUGCCAUGGAAUGGGAAAUAACCAGUUUUUCAUGUUCACCAAAAAGCAGGAGUUCUGGCAUGACGAUCUUUGCCUGGAUCUAACAAAUGGCGACCCAAGCACCAAGGUCCAGUUGUACAACUGCCAUAAACUGGGCGGAAACCAAAAGUGGGAGCAUGAGAGGGAUGGAAGAAUUCGUCAUGCCCUCUACCAAGUUUGUCUGGACGUUGAAGGAGAAAGCUUGGUGGUGCGAAAAUGCGAUGACCGGCAAACACAGAAGUGGAGAUUUACUGCCUACCCUGAGGAAGACAGAACUAAAACAAAUCAAGAGAAAAUUUUAUAACCCUAACUUGACAUUAGGGUAAUAUUCUUACUAGUGGUUUUCAAAAUACAAACUUAGUUUUGCAAUAUGGUAUUAUCUAACAAAGCGUAGGCACAAUGUUAAAAAGCGCUUUUUUGAACGCAUAGAACGUCGAAAGCAAAUUUAUGAAGUUCUGUGUUUGUUUUAAUUUUGAGCCUUUUUAUUGGUUAAGAUGCAGCUCACUUAAGCCCAUCAAAGCAAUCACGUGCUGUUCUAUUUACCAAUCAUGUGGAAGUAAUGCCAAAACUUUCCCGCGCUUUCAACGGGUUGCAUAUGCAUGUUUUUGAUUAGCCUUCUGAUUGGUCCUUUGCAUUAUUUUAACUUGUUGUGAUUGGUCAGCUAUAGUUUGCUUUGGGUUUGGUUCACUCAGCUCCCACAAAUUAAUUAGAAAUCUCUGCUCGCGAGUACUUUUUAGUUUAUCAUCUCGGUGUUUGGCCCGUUAACGACUGUUUACCGUUAUUCUUCGACUUUGACAGGGUCUGUUAACCGUGACAUUGGUUGAUUUCGCAGUUUUAGUUAUAUUAAGUUUGCAAUUCUGUUGACAGUCAAUACAAUAAUUAAGUACUUUAUAAAUAAUCCAUAAUUUAUUACUCGAAAGCACUUUCCAACACCUAAGUUCAGUUAAAAGUUCAUGGAAAAUUGUUGGGAAAGUCUUUUAGACAUGUAGGGUACUGGGGAUAUUGAUAUAGUCAGUUCUAUGCCAUUUUGUGAAGUUUUUACUGAAGAGUUUGAUUGAAAAAGUAUAAUCGUGCAAAACGC